AUGGAAGCAGUCGCGCAGCUUCUCUCCGGACCUCUUCUACCCAACGUGGAUGAUCUAUCAGACGACCCGAAUGCCACGGCGGCUUUUCAUCUACUGCGCCGUGCUGUCGACGCCUUCUUUGCCCAUUUCUGUGCAGUCCUACCAAUAGUUCAUGUGCCGACCUGGGAUAUUCUCAGUACUUCCACAGCGCUCAUUGCUGCAAUGGCAUGCAUAGGUUCAAUAUUUGUGGACAGCUCCGAUGCCUGGGAGAAUUCCCUUCUACUCAGUGAGAUAUGUUCGUACGUGAUUGUUUGGCAGGGAGAAUCGGAUGCUGCAAGCUACCAGGAUGCCUCAUAUCUUAGUGCAUGUUGCCUACAUCAAAUAUACUCUCUUGGGUCUGGUAAAAGAUCGCUUUACCAGAGCGCAGAUCGAAAGCGAGGCUUACUGAUAGGAAGUCUACGGGGUAUAGGCCUCCUUCGAUCCCGACUCUGCAUCGAAAAUGAUGAACCUGACCAGCACCACAUUGAGGAGGCAAGAGCAGAAGGCUUGCAAGCAAGAUGGCUGCGUUGGCGUGACGUCCAACAGGGACGGCGUUUGGCAUGGGCCUCGUUCGAGUACGAUUGCAGUCUGUGCACUCUGACCAACCGUCGAGGUGCUGUUGAUAUGAGUGAGCUGCCUACGCAUCUUCCAUGUACAGAUGCGUUAUGGCAAGCAUCCUCGGCAGCAGCUUGGAAAGCUCUAUUCUCGCAGUCGUCUCAAACUGCAAGAGGUCCACCUCAGGCAAGUCUACUUCGAGAGUUGCUCUCUGCCGGGACCUUUCCCUGGGAUCUUCCCUCCUGGUCAAAGCGCCUUUGCUCGCAGAUUAUAGGCCGGCUCCUCUGGGACAUCAAACAGAUGGAGUUGGUGUGGAUUUAUGAUUACUUAGGUCUGUCCUCGCUGCGAGCUGCGCAGAAGCAGACUUCAGCGUCCCUUCUGAAUGCUCUCAGUCACCUUGCCAGAUCCAUGACUCGUGCUUCGACCACGCCGGAACUGAUUGACAACAACAUUUCGAGGCUUAUAUAUCAUUAUUCGCAUUUAUACACUGCUGGAGACAUCCUCGACCUUGUAAUCUUCAUAGUACGCAGCUCUGCGACCACCUCCACUCCCAACAUAGCGAACAGGCAACUCCCCCAAAAGAACGCUGAAUGUCAUCUGGCCAAGAGCCAAUUAACGUCCAAACUCGCCUAUGACCGUUGCAAGACCAGGAAACUCGUUUGGCACGCCGCACAAAUAAUAGCAGUCGCAGACGAGUAUGUCGUAUCUGCCCCUUGCGAGAUUCUGCGCGUGUCCAUGGGCUAUCUUUUCAUCAUGGCAUUCGCACGUUUCGGCACACACACGCAGGAAACGGUCGACAUGCAAGAAGUCGAAUCAGUCAAACUUGAUAAUCUCAGGCCGACACCAACCCAGCAAGAAGCUAUGUCGAGAUGGAUAGAACAUGGAGGAUCGGCGAGCCUGGCCUCCAUUGACAACCUAUGCUCUGAUAGAUGCAUAGGUGCGCUGAAUGAGCAAGCGCAGGCUCUAUUAUCGAAGCUGUGUAAUUGGGGUCUGGUCGACAAGUUUUCAAAGAUCCUUGAUGCUUUCCAGUCCUGCGAGGAUUAG